AAAACAAAAACAAAAACAAAAAGAACUUGAACUUCCGUAUCAUUCUGUGCCACAAGGCCAUCUAUGUAUGUGGACGACAAAAAUAUGACCUUAACCAUCUGGGUAUCCCGAACUUCUGCAGCAGUGGAGUUCAGUUAGUAGAAUCUCUCUCUCUCUCUCUCUCUCUCUCUCUCUCUCUCUCUCUCACACACACACACACACACACACACACACGCACGCACAUACUCACACCUCCUGAGUUAGCACACAAAGAGAAUUGGAUUUGGCAAGAGAGGACCAAUUGGAUUAGUUAGCCAUUUAAUUGGCUACCAAAACAUAGUGUUAAUGGCCAUGGCAAGGCACCACCACCACCAGCACCGCCUCCUGCUCAACACUCACACAGUGGCACCACCACCAAACAUCGGAAGCAGUACUUCACAUGGCAGUGGUGGGAGUUUCGACAACAACAUGAUGUUAAUUCUGGCAGCCUUGCUAUGCUCGUUAAUAGGUGCACUUUUGAUAAACUCAAUCAUCCGUUGUGCCAUACGGUGCAGCCAAAGACUUGCAAUUGAGGACCCCGAUCUGGUUCUAUCUCAAUUGGCUCCCACGGGGGUGAGUAAAGAUGCACUGGGCCAGAUUCCGGUGGUGGCAUAUCAGCCGGGAAGCGAUAUUCCGGCUAAGGAAUGUUGUCCGAUUUGCCUCGGAGAAUUCGGUGGUGGAGAGAAGGUUAGGAUUUUACCUAAAUGUGGCCAUGGUUUUCAUGUGAAGUGUAUAGACACAUGGUUGUUGUCGCACUCGUCGUGUCCAAAUUGUAGAGUCUAUGUUCUUUGAACAUGGUUUAUGGAAAUUUAGAAAUAAUGGAUAGAAUUUAUUAGUCACAGAAGCUGGCAGUCUUGUUUUGGGAUGAGCCGAACAAGUUUUGGGCCUUGUUUAUGUGAAGGAAAUUAUGUAUAGCUAUCUUUUUACUUGUUUGGCAUAAUUUACAAGUACGAAUUUUUCCGUCUUUAGUCAA